AUGGCAGGAUCAAGUGCCUCUGAAAUCAUCUUUAUCUCUGUCAAUCACAGCAUCACUUUGAUGGGCAAGGUGUGGCUCAUUGUGAUGAUCUUCCUCCGCGUCCUGAUCCUCCUCUUUGCAGGUUAUCCCCUCUACCAGGAUGAGCAGGAGCGAUUUGUGUGUAACACCAUUCAGCCCGGCUGUGCCAACGUGUGCUACGAUCUAUUUUCUCCCAUCUCUCUCUUUCGCUUCUGGCUGGUGCAGCUCAUCACCCUGUGUCUCCCCUACAUCAUCUUUAUUAUCUACGUGGUCCAUAAGGUCUCGAACGACCUCGCCGUGGACCUGAACUUCUCGGGUCACGUCAAAGCCUCAUUCAGCAAGUUGUCUGUAAACAAGAGGGUGGCUGAGCGAGUGUGGACCCAUUGCUUCACCGGAGCCUACAUCCUCCAUCUGAUGUUCAGAACCUUGCUGGAGGCUGGGUUUGGGGCAGCUCACUACUAUCUUUUUGGUUUCUACAUCCCCAGGAGGUUCCUGUGCCUGCAUCCACCAUGCACUACCCAGGUGGACUGCUACAUCUCCAGGCCCACUGAGAAGACCGUGAUGCUCAACUUCAUGCUUGGCGUGGCCGCUCUGUCCCUUUUCCUAAAUGUGCUGGAUUUCAUCUGCGCCAUCAAGCGCUCUGUGAUGCAGAAGAGCAAGAGGAAGGUGAUGGUGGAGAAGAUUUAUGAAGAAGAGCAGUGUUUCCUUUCGGCUUCGGGAGCCUCCAGAGCAACAGACCCAAACGCCCCCUUGGCUCAGCAGGAUCUAGAGGUCGAGGCUGGUAAGCCGGGGAGUUUCCGGAAGAGGCGAAGCAGCAAGGGCUCUUGUGGAGGGGGAAUGCUUGCUUUAGGUCAGGAUCCACCCUGCCUUGAGCGCUCCUCUCUUCCAUGCUCUCCGGUGCCUCCCGGGUGCAACACCAAUGGGAACAACGGCUACUCUGUUUCCCAAGAGGAGGCUCCAGAGAGGAAUGGCAGUGAGGUGGCUCUCUGCCCCCCAGAGCCAAUGGGAACACCCAGAUCCAUUCGUGUUAGCAAACGCAGUCGAAUCAAACCGCCACCUCCGCCCAGACGUGACCUCGGGUCGCCCCCCGGGGGUUCAGUGGGGCCCAUCGGAGAAGUUUCUACCACAACAGCAAUCUGCACCAGAAGGGUGGGUCAGUGUACGCUGGUUGAGCUGGGUAGAAAUGCAGAGCAACAGGUCAAUGAUGACGGCCAAGAGAAAAGAGCAGAGUGGGUGUGA